GAACACAGCUGAGAAAAGGAGUGGAUAUUUCGAUGGUUAGUGCAAGACUUUUUUCUCAUUAGUGUGACAAAAUUUCCUUACGUCUUCCUGUGAUUAUUGUGUUAUUUGAAUGGAGCAGUACAAACUUUCCAGUUGAAAGUGAACUUGGUCCUUGAAAGCUCUGUAAUGGUUAAGGAUUGAGGUUGAAGACAGACAUGAAAUUCCUCACACUGGUAAUGUCUUUCAAUUUUUGAGUGAGCUAAAAUCAACAACCCCACACCAGCUGGCCACCAUGAAUGCUUCUUUCCCCACACCCACCAACAGCACCCCACUCUGCUACUCCAUCAACAGCCCUCCAUUCAAUUACACACCUUUCAUUGGCUCAGCCUACUACUCAUCCAUUUUCAGCUUUUUGGGUCUCACCUCCAACCUCAUCGCCUUCAUAGUUCUUGUCAAGUCUGUUUGGCAGGCAAGUACAGGUUCACGAUCCUUCUUCCUUAUCUUCCUUGGUGGCCUGGUGAUCACUGACUUCAUGGGUCUUCUGGUCACCGGCUGCAUUGUGGUCUCCUUCCAUGUCAUGCAUUUUAAUUGGCGCCAGUUAGACCCAAACUGCCAUUUCUGCAACUUCAUGGGCAUGUCCAUGGUGUUCUACGGACUGUGCCCACUGCUUCUGGGUGCUACCAUGGCUGUGGAGCGCUUCAUUGGCAUCAACUUUCCAUUUGUAGGCUCUUACAGCAAAACUAAGGGCCGGAUAGUCUCCAUGGUGCUGAUGGUGUGGUUGUUUGCUGGAUGCAUUGCUUUGCUGCCCCUAAUGGGUGUUGGGAGCUACCACAUGCAGAUGCCCGGCUCCUGGUGUUUUUUCAACAUCAGCUAUGAGGGAAAUGACAAGUUCUUCUCCCUGAUCUUCUCACUGGUUGGGUUGACGAGCAUUGCUGUGUCAUUUUUAUUGAACACGGUGAGCGUGGUGACCCUGAUCAAGGUGUGCUGUGGACCAGCCAGGACCCAGCGUCACCGAGAUCAUGAAGUGGAGAUGAUGGUGCAACUUAUCCUGAUCAUGGUCAUUGCUUCUAUCUGCUGGUGCCCCCUCUUGAUAUAUAUUCUGACGGGCACUGUGACUACCGAUACCGACAAAGAUGUCACUAUUUUGUUCUACAUACGAAUGGCCACCUGCAAUCAGAUUUUUGACCCCUGGAUAUACAUCAUGUGUCAAGGGUCUGGACUAAGGCGAGUAAAAAGUCUUCAUUGCAAAAACUGUGCUGUCCAGAGAUCGUGUCCAGAUCAGACUCCUGCUGCUAUGGAUGCGCUUCGCAACCUGGAACCAGAUCCUGGACCCCUGGGUAUACAUCCUGUGUCGCAGGGCAGUUCUCCAGAGAAUCUACCCCCGCCUUAACUGGUCCAGGGGCUCCAUCAUGACCUUGUACCCAUCUUUCAGCGACACCGUUUGAAGGUUCACACGCUCUUCAAUUGGGAGCACCCUGGGCUCAGAUGAAACUGCAGAGACUGAGAAAAACAUAUUUAACAUCCCCAUCUACCUUGAACCCACCUCCUUCUUCUCCAUAAUUGGUUAGAUUUGAGAUUUGAGUUGAGACUGAGUGAUGCCAUUGAGGUUUUCUGUAUGUGUUCCACUCUCUGACUUUUCCUGAUGACUGUGACUGGGAUAAGCAGCAAGAUUGCACCUAAAAUCUGAAAGAAUAAAACACUGUUAUGCUAUUGAAUACAACUGAAAUGUUUUUUCAGUAUUAACGACAACACUUUGUCAAGCACUGUCUGAUUGGACACUUACCAGAAACAAACAUAUAGUCUCUUAAUAAAAACACUUCGGAUUAGGGCUCAAAAACAUGCGAAUGUGUUUGAGAAGUUUAUUAUUCAAGUAAAGAAUGAGAACCAUAGUCUAAAUCCUAUUAUUACCAUUUGUUUAAGUAGCUGAUGGAAGAACAAAGUGGGCUCAACGGGACAAGAGGCUUUAAAGAGAUAGGAACUAUAACGGCCUGCAUAGGUUUAACUCAGGGGCUGUGUAAAGGGCCAUUACAAGAUAAAUAAGAGGUUUAAAAAAGAACUUUAAAUAAUGCAAAGAUACCCCAGUAGAGCUCUGGAAUAAAAAUAUAGACCUGGAAAUGUUAUGUCCUCUUUAAAGUUAUCUACAUAAAUGUACUUUUAGCAUGUAUUACUUUAUCAAGUGUUUUUAUGAUAUUGCAGUUUAAAACAUGGAUAGGGGCAUUCUGUGGUAAUUCAUGAGAUUUAUUAAGCACAUACGCACUUUUCUCAGAUGUUCUUAAUCAUAACAUUAGACAUGUAGUAUUACCAUAUUUAAUAGUUUUCAGUCUCAACAUUUACUGUUAAGGUUUUGUUACCUUCUUGAAAGUAUUUAAGAGAAACUUUGUGGAUCCCAAGAGCAUCACUUAAAUGUUGUUUGAAUUUUCCUGAAAUCUCCUGUACAAUUUUCAAGUUGAGGGCUUGUUCUAUAUGUUAAUCAUUUUUGAUGAUGAAUGCAGAACCUUGCUGCAUGACAUUUCCUGCUCGUGUUACUAUGUUUCCUGUCUCUGCACUGUUUGUCUGUCAAAAAAUAAAAAGUAGAUUAAAUAAUCUUUAAAAAGAAAA